ACCGAAUAUUGACAAAGAUAUUGAAAUAUUGCUUUUUAUAGUUUUGUUAAUGUUUGCAAAUACAGGAGUAUACAUAAACAAGAAUGUCUGAGGGAGACCCUGAAGGCGUCGAAGGGGAGUUUCAGGAAGGUGAAGAAGGUCACGAAGAAGAGCAUCACGAGGAACUAGAAGAUGAGCUCGUGGAAGAGGAGUCCAUCCUCUCGGAGUACGACCCUGAUGACUUCAUAUCUGGAGCUGUGACCAGUCCCCACUCUUCUCUACCAAUCGACCUGUUCGAUUUUGAAUAUUCCUACGGCUACAACUGCCACAAGUUCUUCAAUCUCUGCGCGUGCGAUGAUUUGGUCGUCUGCUGGUCUGCGGGCAGCAUGAUUGCCUUCCUCGACGUCACUACUAAGCAGACCUGGUUCCGACGCAGUUCCACUGGUGGCACCGUCGGGAGUAUUGCCUCCUACAGAAAAGACCCCAACUAUCGCAUAGCGAUAGCAGAGGACAGAGAAGGGGAGAAGGAACCGCUGAUAAUCCUAUACUUGUGGCCUACAAUGGAAAUAGAUGCAGUUCUUCGCGAUGGCACUGCUAAUGCCUAUGCUAUCCUGGAUUUUAGCCCCGACGGCGAGCUCUUGGCAUCAGUAGGCAAGGAACCAGAUUUCAACCUGACCAUUUGGAACUGGAAACGACACAAGAUCCUUCUGCGCACGAGUGCCUUUUCUUAUGGUGUCAACUCUGUCAUGUUCUCGCCUUAUUGCGAAGGACAGCUUACUACUGCAGGUGCCGCUCAUAUAAAAUUUUGGAAAAUGGCUCAAACGUUCACUGGGCUGAAACUGCAAGGCGAACUAGGCAGGUUUGGCAAGACUGAAAUCUGUGAUGUUCUUGGAGUAUAUCCUAUGCCAGAUGAGAAGGUGCUAUCUGGCUGUGAAUGGGGCAACAUAUUAGUGUGGGAAGCUGGCCUCGUCAAACUAGAAGUUACACAGAAGGGAAGAAAGUUUUGCCACAAAGCGCCUAUUAUCCAGUUCAUGCUAAGCCCCGCUGGUGAUGAAGUAACGACUAUAGCUCGCGAUGGCUGCAUCCGAGCCUGGUAUUGGGAUACCGUGGAUCAAGCUGAUCCUCCUGAAGACGACCCUUUUGUGGAACUGAAUCCUGUGGCUGAGAGUUGUGUUGCCGGUUGCGAGAUAAUGUGCUUAAAACAUCAGAAGGACAUGUUUUGGUACGCACAAGAUGGCAACGGUGGCAUUUGGGUUGUAGAACUUGAGAUAGACAAAUUAGAAUGUGAGCAUAAGAAAGUUAUAACUUGUCAUGCUGGGAAAGUGGUUGCUAUGGCUGCCCUAAGGACCCAUCCUAUCCUGAUCACAGCCGGUGAAGAUGGUGCAUUACAUGCUUAUAAUACAAUGAGGCAUACUUUGCUAGCUCGAUACCUUUUCCCGAGGCCUAUUACAUGUCUUUUUUACCCACCUAUUGAUGUUGAUUCAACAUCGCGGAUCCUAAUAGUGGGUUUCGAAGACGGUAUCAUGCGCACGCUGUUCCUAUAUCCAGAGAGAUUUAUGUACCAAACGACUAUGAUUGACAUUAAAGUGGACUCGGCUCUCACAAUACAUAGCGAUGAUUCUGAGCAUGCUGAUGUUAUUGAUAUGAUUUCGUUAUUAAAACCCCACUCAAAAGCAAUAACGCAGAUAACAAUAAACGAACAAAGGACUUUAUUAGUGACCUGUGGGUUGGAUAGCACCAUAUUCAUAUACCAGUUGAAAAUGGGCACUCCCUUCAAACUUGAUAGAGUAGGCUUUGUGGAUACACCGAAUAAUAUCGCUUUUAUGACGUGGAAACCUGGAACGGAACGCACGCUCCUACUCUGUGGUCAGUUAGGACUUAUAAUGGAAGUAGUUCUACCGGAGCCAAUAGUUCGCCAGUACACCAGUAUCAAAAGUUUCAAGUUAGAGUUUGAGUCUUUUAAAGAAACAUUGGUGAAAAAGCACUAUAUGCGUCACAGACCUUUCCCUGAAGAAGAAGACCUUGCCAGCAUAGAUGAGGAGGCUUUGAAAGCCAAGGAAGAGGCCCAGCUGAGAGACGAAAGCGAAGAUGAUAUGGAAUGGAUUGGCGAAAUUGAAUUAAUGGAAAGCGACAGCAUGUUAGGAACAACGAUCACUUGGGCCGAGUACUGCGAUGACGGCGUGUGGAUCGUUCAGCAAGGGACGGGUUCACUAUUCCUCAUCCAGCCAGGGAAUAAUAAGAUUCUGAAGUACGCUCCUUUCCCUGGCGCUUGGGACGAAGAUAUGACUGCCCUCAAAUUUGUAUGCGAAGGCCGCUAUUUGUUAAUUGGAACGGACACAGGGAUCAUCAGAGUGGUUCGUAUGCCAUAUGAAUAUGAGGAUAACCCUGAACAUCAUUUUACUGUCUGGGCAAAUUCUCAGAAGAAGCUACUGCGUAUGCUGAAGGGCAGAAGAUUAGCUAAAGAAGAGAAACAACCAAUACCCCGUAUAGACUUCGUUGAUUACUACUAUUUGCCGAUGCAUGAUCGCUACACAGGGUCUGUCACUUGCCUAGAAGUUAACCACAAUUCAAGUCGUUUAUAUACUUCGGGUGCCGAUGGCAAUAUUUUCGCCUAUAGAAUAAAUUUUCCGGAGCCAUUGCUGCCUGAAACGAGGUUGCCACCACCUCCAGAGACGCUCAAAGUACCCAAAACAAGAGAGCCCAGUACGGUAGAAGGAGAACUUAUGUCCCAUGAACAGCUAAAACAGAAAGAGGAAUAUGACAAGAUGAUGGCCAUAGCUAACGCACAUAAGAAGAAAGUUCGAGACCAAUUAGCUAAACUUACAACAGAAUAUAACAAGCUGAUUAAAGCGAACCGUUCACUGCCAUAUUCGCAACAAAUAGACGUGACAUUAGACCCACGUCCUUUGCAAGUCCAAGAGAAGGAGCUAGAAGAUGCUAAGGCUCUAACAAAGAGGAAACUGGCUCAUCAGCUAGAAGCUUCUGACCUGGCGUUAGAAAAGAUGCACUCAAGGAAUAUUGUACAGCUUGAUAUAUUUCCUUUUACUGUCAGGAGUAUAAGGGAUCCUGAUAUCGUUUUAAGAAUACUUCGCCAGAAGAAUCUGUCAGCAGCUUUCUAUGCUCAACUAGAAGAAGUAUAUCAAAAGAUAGCCGAAGCUGCUUUGAGAGGAAGACAUACGGAGUCACAAAUUCGACGCGUGGCUCCUCGCAAGGCAUCAUUCGGACCGCCAAGGAUAGCUUCCUUCUUGCUUGGUUUGCCUCCGAAGCCACCAUAUCCUCUGAAGAAAGCACUCAAGAACUACCACCGCCGCUUGAACAGACACCAUUUACAAUUUGUUGAGUGGCAAAACCAUCUAAAUCAAAAGCCAGACCCAAAUGCCAUGCCUCCCGGAGCGGCUGAAGCAUUAAAGGAAGCUGAGCAAAGCAUCGGUAACAGGUUACUGAAGACCCAGCCUGAAUAUGUGGCACCUAGUGGCCAUAAUACUCAGAUGCGAGUCUGUUUGACACGGAAAGAGAUCUAUGACAUAAAACACGAAUUCAACGAGAAAGUGCUUGACCUACGGAAUAGGAAAGUUGAGAUGGUGCAACGUAUGAAAGAGAUCGGUGAGAGACUGGCAGAGAUCCGAUUAGAGAUACCACCUAAGCUUGCUAAGUCUCCACCGGCAUUACCACAGUUUGACGAUGAACUGGAGUUCCCUGAGAGGCAUCUGGAAGUCAAGCCAGAGCCUAUAGUGAUUCACGCAGGCAGAGUAGCGUCGUCAAAGAAAUCGCAACAAGUCCAGGAGCGUAGAAGAUUAUCUCAAGUGCACCAAGUUGCCAGAGUACGGCUUCCUAGGGUCAAUCAGUUUGUACCCAUUACUGAAACGCGACCUCUAGUUGCUUCUUGGGAACUUCUGAAGAUUAGGCCUGAUCAGGAAUCAACAGCUAUUGAGAAUGAACUACGAGAGCGACGUAUCGAACGACAUCUGUUCGAACAAGAUAUGCUACUGGCGGACGCAGAGUUCGCAGUAGACCAAUUUGAUUUACGUUUGAAGGAAUUGCAGAGAACCCGUAUUAGAGUUCAGGAAAAGGCACAAUUGUUGGAACUGCAUCUUUACCAGUUGCAUAGAGAAAUGAAUGUAUUAAACCGUUUCGAGAUGCAUGAAGAUCGUUUAGCUGAACGUGUUUACGUCAAACUAAUGCAGGUCCGAGGAGUACAAGAACAGAUAAGCGACUGCGAACAUCGUAUCGAAGAGCACAUAACAGAGAAAGAGAACUUGGCAGUCCUGUGCCAGGACCUGCAGAGGCAGUUCAAGAGAUUGGUGCAGGACAACAAGUUUGCCGACUUCUUGCGUAGAAUAUUCAAAAAGAAGUAUCGGCCGCCACGAAUUCGUGAUGACGAUGAUUCAACUGAAUCAGAAUCUUCGUCUUCAUCUAGCGAGGAAGAAGAUGAAGGCAGUUUAGACAGUCGAGAGAUAGGUCCCAUAAGGCUGGACCCCAACGUGUGUCCAGAGGGUUGCGACAGAGAAACUUACGACUUAACGUACGAGAUGAGGAAUGACAGACAUAAGCACGAACAAAACAUGAUGGAGCAGGACCGUUUGGUUGAGCUUCUAAAGCGUGACAUUGAGUCUCAUAACAAGAUUAAACGCAAACUCUCUGUGCAACUGGAACAGAGAAAAACUGAGCUACGGGAAUUUAUGCUAGAGAAACAGACCUGCUUGAACGACGUGGAAACGGUAGUAGUCCUUCGUUACGACCAAAUAAGAGCGGCGGCUAUCAGAGGAUGCACAGGAGCUCAGGGCCUGUCGCAGACUGUGGUGUUCCCUGAAGCUCACCUCACCCGACUGAGGCGAAGAGUGCUGGAAUUGCAAGAGGAGAUCAGGCAGCAGAAGUUGAGGCAGAGGAUAAACCGCACCCACUUGUUCCGCAUGAACGUGGAUCUGCGAGCAAUGGAAGCAGAGGCGACGGAGUUACGCGUUCAAAUGAGAGAUGUGCUCACGCGCAAGUUGGGCAAGCCGAGGAAGGUGGAUCGCACGUUAGAUGACCAGCUGCGACAAAUGGCAAGACGGCACAAGUACGCCAUGUCUUAUGGAGCUCUGCCGCAAGUGCGCACGCAAAUCAGGUCUUGGGCCAAACGCAACAGUAAUCUCGAAAAGAAAUAUCUGGCUGCCUUGAAUCAGUAUUCUGAUAGACUACGCUUGGCUGCCGCGUUACAAGCUGAAGUAUUCCCACGGAAGGUCGCUAAAGAACCUGAAAAGAUGGUCGGAGGUUACGAACUGAGUCAGUUCCAGCGUGAUGUGAUGCGUCUCCUAAUUGUGCGACAUCGGCAGAGACAACAAAUAAAGCAACUAGAAGAGGAGAUCCUCAGUCUCCGCCGCAAGCCGUCAGCCCCUUUACCCCCGUUCGAACCGCACGAGGAAAUUGAACCGGAGAAAUCUGACAUUUAUCUCUUCAUGGUACCCCGGUCCAAACAGCCUCAUCGUAGAAAAUAUUUCCCCAUAACACCUCUAGGAUCAAGGACGCAAAUAAAGAGCAGCGUCAAUAUAAUGAUGAUGCUAUUCGACUGCCUGGAUGCUAUGCGUGUGUCGAGAGACGAAGCUGAAGUCCUACUCAGGGAAAUCAUGGGAUUGCUGCCUGAAGUUAUGACUGGGCAGAUGUCUCGCUAUGAUUUGGUUGACUCUUUGGUGAAAAAGUGGUUGCUAAGGAGCGGUGGCGAUCCAACACAGUACAAGAAGCAAACCAAAGCAUUCGACACUUUGGCUACGUUAGUUGACAGACUCGUCAAACAACAAUUAGAACUCAUAGAAACUCCAGGGUCGCCAGCAGAUGGUAUAUUGGAUGGCUUGGAAGAUGCACUGAGGGACUUGUCGGAAGAGCAUGAUAGACUUGAAGACCGGCUGGGACCCGCCAUUGCGGCGCUAUUGCAUUCCGCGCAUUUCAAAGACGUUGAUGACCCCGAGAAUAUGGCUUCUCUCGUAAAAUCGCUGGUAGACGAAGAUCACCCAGUCACUUCAGACAGCCUUGAACGAGUCUGUUCUUUUGACGUCAUCGAAGAUAUUAAAGAAUGCGGUAUUGACUUGCCAAUGGACGACAUAAAACGUUUGGUAUCCAGUGCUAUUGAAGCCUUAAGGGCUCAAGUGGUGGAGCCAACGGAGAUGGAAGAAGUCAGUGAGGAGGUUCGUAGAGCUAUGCAGGCCCAGGCUCUCAAUGAGCUGGCGAGUGUCAGCGUCAUCGCCAAGCCCUCCAGUCACAGAAAUGACUUCAAGCAAUCCAGGGGGGGCUCAGGGACAGUGACAGGUGACUACAAAUCGAUCCUAGGAGGGGGCUCCUCAACUGACCACAAACCUCAAAGGGCUUCAGGUCCAAACUUCAGGACAACGAUCUCCGUCGACUACGAGGAGUUAAGGCCUAAGCGUAAACAAAGCACCAUGACUCCUACUGAAAGGCAGUCGUUAGCCACACGUAUCUCAGCAAGCAUUCUGGGGCCGAUGAAGCAGUUCCAGGCUAAUGUGGCCCGAUCUAAACAGUCUGGGGUCCAUAUUGAUCUGCCUCCUGACCCGCCUGAGGAGACAGAUGAGGAGAAAGCACAAGCCAUCAUGGAUGCUAUCAAAAGUGACGAAUUGUAAUGUUGAGAUUCCGCCAAAUAUGUGCGCG